AUGGGAAGAUCACCUCCAGAUCUUUCAUUCGAAGACUACCAACCUCAAUAUAGCCGUGGAGGAACUGAAGAUCCGUCUUCUCGAAUACCUCCAUCACAUCAUAAUUUUAUAAAAUUGUCAAUGAAUGCCACGUUUUUAGUUAUCAAUAGUCUUACAUCAGCUGAUAUUUAUAGUCCUUGCAAAAAACCGCCAACUUUAGGUGUUGAAUCGGGUAGAAUUCCAAAUUCGGCUUUUUUUGCGUCAUCUUUUGUAGAAGGUCGAGAACCAUAUACUGCUCGAUUAAACGGUCGUUAUGCUUGGCGACCUGCUUAUAUGGAUGCAGAUCAAUAUUUAUAUGUUGAUCUUGGUUCUCGAUACUAUGUAACAGGUGUUGCAACACAAGGUCGUCGUGCAGCAAAAGAAUAUGUAACGAUAUUUAAUUUAAUGUAUUCUGAUAAUGGCCAUAAUUGGUUUUAUUAUACAACUGAAGACAAAAUCAUUGUGAACUUUGUUGGUAAUAAAAAUGAUGAUACUAUUGUACGCAAUAAUCUCUCAGAUCCUGUUAUCACACGUUAUAUACGUUUUAAUCCUAGACAAUGGAAUAAUUUUAUUUCAAUGCGUGUAGAAGUUUAUGGAUGUCCAUUUACAUCUUCAUCCUUUAACUUUGAUGGACAAACAAUUGCUUAUUAUGAUGCAACUUUUAUUCCAUUACAUAAUAAACAAGAUGAAUUACGUUUACGUUUUAAAACAAAUUAUCCACAUGGACUUUUAUUUUAUGCUAAAGGAACACAAAAUAAUGAUUAUUUAAGUGUUGAACUUCGUAAUGGAAGUAUAUUUAUUGGAAUUGAUUUAGGUUCAAUACCAGAACGUUCCGGUGCAACAAUAAUUCAAGCUGGUAGUGUAUUAGAUGAUUAUCAAUGGCAUGAUUUAGCUAUUAUACGUUAUAUGAGAAAUAUUUCGGUAAAAAUUGAUCAAACAAUUGUACGUAAAGAAUCACAAAGUGCAUUUAAUGGAUUAGAUCUUGAUGGAAAACUUUAUGUUGGUGGCGCACCUAAUCAUAUGGAACGAGGAAUAAAUGUUCGACCUAAUUUUCAAGGUUGCUUGGAAAAUGUUCUAUAUGUCAGUCCAUCAACAAAUUCUAUUUUGGAUAUAUUACAAAAUCUACAACGACAAAAUCCAUUCUAUGGUCUUGAACAAGGAAGAGUUGGUUCUGGAGCAAUGUGUGAAGAUGAUUCAAUGAAUAUGCAUCCAUAUACAUUUAAAACAUUUGAUUCUUAUCUUGAAAUAUUUCGUAAACCAGGUUCAACAUCUAUUGAUAUAAGUUUUCAAAUGCGUACAUUUGAACCAAAUGGAAUUUUAUUUUAUACAAAUUUAUCUGAACCGAGACAUUUAAUGGUUGGUAUUAAUGAUGUACCUGAUCAAGAUUUUUUACGAUUGUUUCUUGACGAAGGACAAUUAGCUUGUACUCUACAAUUAGAUGGAAAUAAACGAACUGUUCGUCAUCGUCGAGAUAAUUUAAAUGAUGGUCAAUGGCAUGAAAUAAGUCUUCUAUUAACACAAUAUCGUUUUAAUAUAACAGUUGAUUAUGAACCUGAAUUAUCAUUUACACGUAAUAAUUUAUCAACAACAGAUCGUUUUACAUUUAGUUCAAAUGGUGAUCAAAUAAAUCGUGAAACAACAAUGAAUGGUUUUGUUGGUUGUAUAAGACAAUUAGUUAUGAGUGGAAUACAAAUAUUACCAAGAGAUUUAACAAGUAAUUUAACUAUUCUAAGAUCAGGUGAUAAUCGUCCAAGAACAGGAACUGUUAUUAAUCAUGGUGUACUUGUUGAUGCUUGUGAAAUGUUUGAUCGUUGUACACCGAAUCCAUGUCGUCAUGGCGGCAUAUGUCAUCAAACAUGGACAAGAUUUCGUUGUGAUUGUUCUAAAACAGGUUAUAGCGGUGCUGUAUGUCAUAUUAGUGAUAAUCCAUUAUCAUGUCUUGAUUUUAAAUUAAAUCGUAUGAAAAUAGAUGAAAUAAUUCCUGAACGUUUAACAAUAAUUGAUAUUGAUGGUAGUGGUCCAUUAUCUCCAUUUCCUGUUGUAUGUCGUUAUGGUGGUAAAUCUGAAAUUCUUAAUGUAACAGAAAUAGGUCAUUAUCAUGAAUUAGAAAGUUAUGUAUCAAGUGGUUAUCAAUUACCUAAUUCAAUUUAUUCUCAAACAAUAAAUUAUCGUGUACCAUUAGCACAAGUAUUUGCUGUUAUUGAUCGUUCAUAUGUAUGUAAACAAUAUAUUGAAUAUACAUGUUUUAAUUCACGUUUAUUAAAUUAUCCAAAUCCACCAUUUGGUUGGUGGAUUGGUCGUACAAAUCAAACAAUGGAUUAUUGGGGUGGAAGUGAACUUGGAACAGGAAAAUGUUCAUGUGGUUUAGAUAUGACAUGUGCUAAUCCAAAUUUAUUUUGUAAUUGUGAUUCACAAUUUAAAGCUGAACUUAAAGAUGCAGGAUAUUUGACAAGAAAAGAAUUUUUACCUGUUCUUCGAGUUGAAUUUGGUGAUACAGGACCAGCUGGUUCAUCACAAUAUGGUCGUUAUCAAGUUGGUCGUCUUCAAUGUGAAGGUGAUUUACUUUAUGAUAAUACAAUAACAUUUCGAAAAGCUGAUGCAAUUAUAACUGUAUCACCAUUUGAAGCUAAAGUAGCCGGUGAUAUACGUUUUCAAUUUAAAACUGGUUUUGAUUCAGCAACAUUUGGUUCAGCUAUUAUUGUACAAAAUAUUGGUUAUGAUGAUGGAGAUCUUAUUGAAAUUCGUCUUCAAGCACCACGUGAAAUAGCAUUUCGAUAUAGUGUUGGUCGUGGUACAAAUAUUGUAACAAUUCGUUCACCAUAUGAUUUUAAUGAUAAUGAAUGGCAUACAGUACAAGUAGAAAUUAAUCGACAAGAAGCACGUUUAACAGUUGAUAGUUUAUCAGCUGCUAAUCCAGAAGAUCAAACAACAUUUCGUCAUAUACGUUUAACAUCAAAUUUAACAAUUGGUGCGUCUGUUAGAAAUCGAAAUGGUUUUGUUGGAUGUAUACGUGCAUUUCAAGUUAAUGGAGAAUUAAUUGAUUUAAAAUCUCAAGCAUUGCGUGGAAUGUAUGGAAUAUCACCUGGAUGUAUUGGUAAAUGUCAAAGUAAUCCUUGUCUAAAUGGAGGACGAUGUAAUGAACGUUGGUCAACAUAUGAUUGUGAUUGUACAUUUACACCAUUUCGUGGACCAAUUUGUUCAACAGAAAUUGGAACACGAUUAGAAGCAAAUACAAUGAUUAAAUAUACGUUUCCAACUGAAGGUGUUACUGCUACUGAAGAAGAAACUAUUCGUGUUUUAUUUACAACAUAUAAAAAACAAGGCAUAUUAAUGCAAUUAAAAUCAGAUAAAACGGAUGAAAAAGGUAUGGUUGAUUAUUUUACUCUUGAAAUGAAUAAUAAUGGUGGUGUACGUGUAAAAUUUAAUUAUGGUUUUGAUACAUUUGAAUAUAAUGUUCCAUAUGAUUUAACAAAUGGACAAGAUCAUGAAAUUAUUGUAACACGUCGUGAUUAUGGUAAACGUAUUAUAAUUAGUGUUGAUAAUUAUGAACCAUAUAUUGAUGUAUUUCCUCAAACACAACAAAUUGAUAUGCAAUUUGAUAGUCCACGUGUUAUGUAUAUUGGAAGAAAUGAAACAACACCACCUGAACAAGGUUUUAGUGGUUGUAUUGCACGUUUACAAUUUAAUCGUAUAUUUCCAUUAAAAUAUGCUUUUUUGGAAGAACGUGAUCCGAAUAUAACAUGGACCGGUGGAAAUAUUCGUGAAUGGCCAUGUGGCACAGAACCUGUGAAAUAUCCACCUGAACCUGUAGAAAUUCCACCGGAUCGUGGAUUUACAAUACUUGUGUUACCUCGUCCAGUUUAUACACAAAAUAUUUAUGCAAGAAAUUUAGGUAUUAUUGGAGGCAUAAUAGGUUUUGCUGCAAUAUUUAUUGCUAUUGGUCUUGGUUUAUGUUAUCAUAAAUCACGUAAAAGUGGACAUUAUAAAACAAAAGAAGAUGAAGGUGCUGAUCAAGCUAUUGAUGCUGAUACAGCUAUUAUCAGAGGUGAUCCACGUCAUCCAGAUUUAACUGAAGCAAAAGAAUGUAUUCCGAAAAUGGUUUCGUUACUUGAGAAUAUUGAUACGAUCAAUGAUGAUAAUGCUGAUGAUUCUGAUGCACCAAUUGAAGUAAGAACAAAAACAUCGAAAGUUGAGAAGAAAAAGAAGAAAACAAAAACAAAACGUCGCAUUCAAUAUACACUUGCAACAGAAGAAGAUAAUGAUCCAAAGGAUAAACGUUUCGAUGAAGAAUCUGCUCUUACACAUGUAGUUUUUGGAGAUGAUGAUGAUUAUCUUGAUGAAUUAACAUCGAAAACUACAACAGAUAAACAAACUACUAAAAUUAAAACAACAAAAGUAACAGUCGAAUCGAAAAAACCAGCAUGGAUCGAUAGUGAAGAAGUAACCGAAGAAAUUGUUCGCGAACCAAAUUUUAAUCAAAUAUGUCCGCGAAAACGUCGAAAAAUCACAACAGGAGAAUAUGAAACAAAACUUAAAUUCGAAUAUGAACGUGUUAUGGGCCGACCAUCAUGGGCAGAAAAAUUAUUAAACAAAAAAACAGAUGCAGAUGAUAGUGAUGAAGAAUUAUUUCGUCGUACGGGAAAUUAUUUAACAAAAUCAACUGUUUUACGAGCUGGAACAAUUGAUUGUUUACGUUGUGCAGAUUUUAAACAUGAUGUAGCUCAUUCUAAACUUUUACGAUCAGUCGAAUUUCAUCCAACUGCACGAAUACUUCUUACAGCUGGACGAAGUCAAUAUUUAAAUUUAUAUCAAGUUGAUGGAAAGAAAAAUGAACGUAUUCAAUCACUUUUUUUUGAACGAUUCUCAAUUGAUACAGCACAUUUUAGUCGAGAUGGUAAUCAAGUGAUAGUUACCGGUGAUCGAAAUUUUUUUAAAGUUUAUGAUAUGAUCGAAGGAAAAAUUAUGCAAAUACCUAUGAUGAGAGGAUUUGAAGAACGUUUGGGAAGAUUUGAAUUAAGUCCUGAUGGAUCUUUAAUUAUAUUUAUUAAUCGAAAUGGUCAAUUACAUUUUGUAUCUACAAAAUCAAAAGAAUUAAUCGAUAGUACUCAACUUUCAGGAAAUAUUAAUAGUGUUACAUUUCGACAUGACAGUGAACUAAUGUUUGCUUCAGGAGAUGAAGGUAUUGUCACAGUUUUUGAUAUACGCCGACGAGCAGCUAUACAUCGUUUUGUUGAUGAUGGUAGUUAUUCAACAACGAGUAUGUGUGUUUCACCGAACCAACAAUAUUUUAUUACCGGUCAAAAGAGUGGUAUUGUUAAUGUUUAUUCAUAUGAUGAUGUAUUUAAAAAUCGUGAUCCAAAACCAAUAAAAUAUUUGAAAAAUUUAACAACACCAAUACAAAAUGUUAAAAUAAAUUCUAGUUCAGAAUUAUUAGCUAUUAAUUCAUAUCAUUUAUCACGAGCUGUUCGAUUGGUUCAUAUGCCUACAUUAACUGUAUACGAAAAUUUUCCAGAAUUUCAUGAUAAGAAAAUUCAAAUUGUUAAUUCAUUGGAUUUUUCACCAAACAGUGGUUUUCUAACAUUAGGCAACAAUAAUGGCAAAGUGCUUUUGUAUCGACUUAAGCAUUAUAGUACUUAUUAA